AUGAGCGACGGCCGACCCUAUCCCUGGCUGAGCCAGCAGCAGGAGGGCAGCUGGACUGAGGCGCGCUACCUCAUCUACCAGCCUUUUGGCGGCCUGUGCAACCAGCUGGCGUGCCUCGAGUGUGCGGUGGCACUCGCCCGCGCGACUGGCCGCACGCUCGUGCUGCCUCGCUGGCGCGCCCAGUACGGCCAGCCGUGGCUCUCGGAGGGCUCCGACUACUUUGACCUCUCGCCGCUCUCCCGCAUCGUGCGCUGCGCCACCCUCGACCAGUUUGCGGCCGCGCGGGCGGGGAGCGGCGACGGGGAGGGAGUGGCCCUGGUGAGGCUCCACCUUUGCUUCAAUCCGGCCUGGGCCGACGCCCGCGGCUGGGAGCUCUUCCCGGAGCUGCGCUCGCUGCUGGCCAACCUCGAGUACCUGCGAGAGGUCGACGCCGCCGCCGGACUCCGCCUCGGCAUCGCGGCCGGCAGCGCCGCCGAGAGGAGGAGAUGGAGCGGCGUCGAGGCCGAGCGGUCGCUCGAGCUGCCGCAGCCCCUGCGGGGCGCCCGCGAAGUCGCUGCGGCGUUCGGCGACGCGGCGCAGAGCGUACUCGCCCUCGACCACUCGUUCUGUGCCGCCGCACUGCCCUCGCUGCUCGACGCGGGGGAGCGCGCGCUGCUGCUGCAGGCGCUGCGCCCGAGCCCGCGGAUCCGCGCAAAGGCGGAGGGCUGCCUCGCCGCCGCUCGGCGGCCGUGCCUGGCGGCGCACAUUGCGCGCCCAUGCGGCCGUGCUUGGCGGCGCAUGCUCGCCGAGCUGACGGGCGACCCUCGCCUCUGGCCCGCCAUCGGCAGUGUCGCGUCGCAGAUUGGCGCGCUGCUCGAGGGCCGGCAGCUGGCCUCCUGGCUCGUCGCCCUAGACGCAGAAAAGAAGAAAAACACGGGUCCGCGAAACCGAAAGUAUGAUGGCUCCAAGCACUGGAAGCAGAACCCGACCAGCGCUCGGGAGGACACGGACUCCGCUGCCUCCCGCCGCAUUUGGGGGCAUUUGGCGCUGGCGGCGCUCUCCUCGCUGCCGCGGCGGGCAGAGGCGGUCCUGCAGACUGCGGAGAGAGGCGAGGACGCCGUCGCCGUCGCGCUGGCCGACCUGUGGGCGUGCGUGUGCGCCGACUUCUUUCCGGACGGGGCACACCCGGCACAUCUGUAG